CGUGUACUUUGUGCAUGCCACUGUUGAAAUUAUUAUUAAAGCAUUAGGAUGUGUUCAAAAUAGCGUGACCGAAGAUAUAAUUUCACUAGAUGCUACGGCACAGUGCACAUGCUUUGUAACAAUCUAUUCUGUCUUUUUGAAGAUAGUACUUUCAUAUAUUCGCCACUUGCAAUUCAUCAGUAUUAUAACUAUAGCCAGUGGUAUUGUACUUGGAUUUUUUGCACCGCAUGUUGAAGUGAUUUCUACGUGAUAACUUCCGCGAAGUAAUUCCGAUAUUGUGGUGAAAUGGCGAUGAAAGUUUGGAUGUUUUUGUUAGCAAUGACGUUACCGGAUGUUUCACCAAAGGCAAUAAAUGAUACUUUUCCAACCACACCAGCAGAAGAUACCAAUGAACCAUCGCCCACUGAAGAAUCUCGAGUGGUGUCCAUUCAACCAUCAACCGGAGACUUAUGCCUAGCUAGAUUAGAAACGGCGCUAGGAGCAAUAUCAACGAACCGCUUGGGUACUGCGAACCUACCAAUGAUUGAUUUGACUGGUUACGCUUUGCAUCAACCUUUAAAAACAGUACCAGUCGACAUGUAUGUUACCGAUAUGCGAGUCAAAGUUCCCGGCAGUGCACACUGGGCAAAAGUCGAAAAAUGUCGAUUCGAUCCAAAUACGAAAAUUCUACAAGCCAAAUUGAUAUUCAAAGACCUGAUAGUAACAGCCGCAGUUAAACUGCUGAACGACGAACUAAUGAAAUACGGAAAUCCUUUGGAAUCAGUCACCGAUAAAUGUAACAUGACUUUACGUUUAAGGCAGGCCGGAUUAGGCUUCAUCGCUAUUCCACAACCGGUCAAGACAGGAGCAGUUGGUAUCAAAACAUCGGCCACUUUCGUUGAUCCUAAUUUCAUCAGCAUUCACGCUUACAAUUGUCAACCGGUUGAAAUGCAAGAUCAAAAAAGGUCGGUAGCUGGUAAUCAUUACAGCGAUGGACCUGAAGCAAGAAAUCCUUCCAAUGAAGAUAUCGGCCAAGAAAUGGAGGAUAUAUUUCUACGCGGAAUACGAUCUUUGUUGACUAAAUACAUGGAAAAGCAACUCCAGCCUGCGUUGAAAGAUACGUUGAUGUUGAAUUUAGGAUACACGAUCUCGUACGGUUAAAGAUGAUAAAAAUAGAUACUUACCUAUUAUACCUAGCUAAUUAGACAAUGAGCCAUUGAAUUUCCUGUGAACUCACAAAUGAUUUUAUUUAUUAGCAUAAGUAUGUACCUAUUUAUUUAUUACUCCUCGUUAUCAUAUUUACACUGCGAAGAGAAUUCAACGCGCAGUAUUACGUUAUUUAGUUUUGUUUUAAAAACUUAUUCCCAAGACUGUAUUUUUAACAAUUGGAAUGUAAAUUAAGUUCUAUGAGAAUUUCAUAGUGUUCAUUCUAUUGGUCCAAAAUUUCCUAGAAUGUAGUUUUAGUUAUUUUUAAUUUAGAUUUAAAUGUACGCCUGAUAAACCAUUUCUUCUUUUAAUUAUUCGAUUAAAACACUUCGAUACACUUUUAGUAAUAGUUUAAAAUGAGUUCAAUACCAAUUAGUUUAAGUAGGUUAUGAUACUCUCAAAGAAUAAUAUUUUUUUGUAAAUUAUCUAUGCGUAUUCAGUAUUUUUUAGACGUAUUUACCUA